AGGCGAAGUCCCGGUAGGCGUCGAGCUGGGAGGGGCCCCGCCGAGGCGUGCCAGGGGCCAGGGAACGCGGGCCUGGAGGGAUGGCCGGAUGUCCCGGCCCGCGGCUCUGAGCGCCGCGGCGGCGGCGGCGGGGGUGGCGGCGCUGGUAGCCGCCUUGCUCCUGCUGCAGCCCGAGGACGUGGGGCCCGGGGCCAGCCUCAGUAUGGCCGAGACAGAAGCCCUGCCGAAGCUUCGGGAAGACUUCAGGAUGCAGAAUAAAUCCGUCUUUAUUCUGGGCGCCAGCGGGGAAACCGGCAGAGUGCUCUUGAAAGAAAUUCUGGAACAGGGCCUGUUUUCCAAAGUCACGCUGAUUGGCCGGAGGAAGCUCACGUUGGACGAGGAAGCUUAUAAAAACGUGAAUCAAGAAGUGGUGGACUUUGAGAAACUGGAUGACUAUGCUUCUGCCUUUCAAGGUCAUGAUGUUGGAUUCUGUUGCCUGGGUACCACGAGAAAAAAAGCUGGGGCGGAGGGAUUUGUCCGUGUUGAUCGUGAUUAUGUCCUGAAGUCUGCAGAGCUCGCAAAGUCUGGAGGGUGCAAGCAUUUCAACUUGCUCUCCUCUAAGGGAGCUGAUAAGUCAAGCAAUUUUUUAUAUCUGCAAGUCAAGGGGGAAGUGGAAGCUAGAGUUGAAGAGUUAAAAUUUGAUCGUUACUCCAUAUUUAGGCCUGGAGUUCUCUUAUGUGAUAGGCAGGAGUCUCGCCCAGGUGAAUGGCUGGUUAGGAAGUUCUUUGGCUCCUUACCGGAAUCUUGGGCCAGUGGGCACUCUGUGCCGGUGAUAACUGUGGUCAGAGCAAUGCUGAACAACGCAGUGAGACCAAGUGACGCGAAGAAGGAGCUGCUGGAUAACAAGGCCAUCCAUGACCUGGGGAAAGCCGAUGACCCUCUCAAGCCAUGACCACACUGAAUAAAUGUUUAUUUUUUAAUUGUCAGACUUAACACCUACUAGCUAAUUGGUAAUUUCAGAGUCUAAAAAAAAUGUGCUUUAACUAUGGUUUUCAGUUUUCGUCCAGUCAAAAAAUGAUUGUGCUCUGCAUCAGUGUUUUAGAACCUGGGGCUUUCCUCGCGGCUCAGAUGCUGAAGAACCUGCUUGCAGUGUGGGAGACCCAGGUUCAAUCCCUGGGUGGGGAAGAUCCCUGGAGAAAGGAAUGGCUACCCACUCCAGUCUUCUUGCCUGGAGAAUUCCAUGGACAGAGGAACCUGGCGGGCUAUAGUCCAUGGGGUUGCAAAGGGUCAGACACGACUGAGCAACUAACAUUUACUUGCUUGUACAUAAGUAGACAUCACCCGGGAAGCCUUUCAAAAAUAGAGAUCCACCAGCUCCUUGGUGGCCUAGUGUCUGGUAUUCUGCACAGAAAUAAAGAGGUUCAUAGGAGGGCCUGAGUCAGACUUUUCUGACUCAGAAUUUUUGCGUUAUGGGCACACAAAUCUGUUGUUGAAACUUACAGAAAUCUGUUGUUGAAACGACUGUUCUGAUGCCACUGGCACAGAGGCCAGCUUUGAAAUGCUUUUCUGCAGAGUCACAGCAGCAGUGCACACUUUAUGUAUCAUGCAGAUGAGUUCUGAACUAAAAUUGUUUACAUUUGUG